CCUCCCCCAUCCCCCGCCCCCGCCCCUCGGCUCCCCUCCCAAAAUGUCGCUCCUCCGCAUCGCUGCCUCCCGCGCCGCCGCGCCCCGCCUCAUGACCCGCGCCGCCUCCUCGUCCGUCCACGUCGUGAGCCAGAGCACCAACGCCUCGGCCCCCCUCCUCGCCAACAUCGAGGCGUCCUGGUCCUCCCUCCCGGCCUCGGAGCAGGCCGAGGUCUACCAGGCACUCGAGGAGGUCCAGAAGAAGGACUGGAAGGAGCUUACCGUUGACGAGAAGAAGGCUGCCUACUUCGUCUCCUUCGGCCCCCACGGCCCCCGUGCCCCCGUCCUCCCCCCUGGAGGCAGCAUGAAGGUCUUUGCCGGCACUCUCGCCGCCGUCGCCGCCGCCUUCACCAUCUUCGCCGUCGUCCGCUCGCAGGCGCCCCCUCCCCCCAAGACCUGGAACCGCGAGUACCAGGAGCAGUCGAACGAGUACCUCAAGGAGCAGAAGUCGAACCCCAUCUCCGGUGUCUCGUCCGAGGGCUACAAGGGCAAGGGUAUGGUUAUGGUCUAAAUGCGUCCAGGGCCGAAAGUCGGAAAUGGAUGAAUCGUAUUUGCAUAGCGGCGCCGAUGCAUUGCACGCGUUGCGUAGGG